UCUAAGUCUGAAAUACAGCUACAGACUUCCCCUCCCUCUCACCCAGAAAGUUUCCUGUAAGGAAAAUAGCAAGUAAGUUUGCAGCUACCGCUGCCAUCUUCGAGACACAGACAUGAACAUGAAAACAGUAGUGAUUCUGUUAGUGUUGGCGCUGGCAACAAUUUUUGCUUUAGUUUGCGUCUUGCUCACUAAAAAAGAAAAAAGCACUAGUUGUAUCCUCUCGGAGCUACAGAAUUCCCCCCAGAACAUCAAAAUUGGGUAUCAAAGCCAGGUCUUUGCUGACCUGACAGCAGAGGAGAUGGUCCAAGUCGUAAAAUACCUCAAGAACAACCUUGGCGUACAUCUGGAGGAUGCACUUUAUGCGAAACCGUCAGACAACUGCAUUUACUAUCUGGAUCUGCACUUCCCUACUAAAGCGGAGAUACUGGGCUUCCUCGAUCGCGGGAUGGAUCAGCCCCCUCGGCAGGCGUUGGCCGUGGUGUACUUUGGAGGUCAGCCAGAGCCAAAUGUCACAGAAUUUGUGGUAGGUCCUCUACCAUAUCCAACACACCAUCGAGACAUCACGCUGAGGAAAUUUGGCAAGAAGGUGCCAUAUAACAGCAGACCAGUGACAGAGAGGGAAUACAAAGACAUUGAUGACUUCAUUUUCCGGAAGCUUCAGGUUGCCUCUGAAUUCCUCAAGGUGUGCUGUGAGUACAACGGCACAAACUUGGCUACUUUGACCACAGCUCCCCGAGGAUUUGUGUCUGGCGACAGAAUCUCCUGGUUUGUGCUGUUCCAGAAUCUGCAGGGUAGUGGGUACUUCACCCACCCUAUCGGCUUGGAGGUGCUGGUCAACCACAGCAGUCUGGACAUUUCUCAGUGGGCCAUAGAGAAAGUGUUCUACAAUGGUGUGUAUUACCAGGACCCGAUGCAUCUAGUAACGGAAUUCAAUGAGGGACGUGUGAAGGAGGUAAGAGUGAAGAUGGUCCCGCACCAGAAUGACUUUGUUUCUAGGACACCUUCUGGGCCUUCUCCUCAUCCAGGCCCUUUCCAGUUCGAACCCCAGGGGAUACGUUACAGUGUAACCGACAGUCAUGUUGUCUACCAGUCCUGGGCAUUUGCCUUUGGGAUGAAUGUGAACACAGGGCCCCGACUCUUUGAUAUUAGAUUUAAUAACGAGAGGAUAGUGUAUGAGUUAAGUUUGCAGGAAGCCCUUGCUGUUUAUGGUUCUAAUUGCCCUGGAGGAAUGAUGGCCAGGUACAUGGAUGCUAGCUUUGGCAUUGGGAGGUUUGCUCAUGAACUGGUGCGGGGUGUGGACUGCCCCUACAUGGCCACAUAUGUGGACCGGUACUACUUGAUAGAUUCUGACACCCCAAAGCUGAACAAGAACUCCUUCUGCAUCUUUGAGCAUGACAUGAGUGUGCCUUUGCGUCGGCAUUUCUCUAACUUAGGUUCUUUCUAUUAUGAGGGGUUACCCAAGUAUGCUCUCAUCUUAAGGUCCGUUUCCACCCUUAUCAACUAUGACUAUGUCUGGGAUUUUGUGUUCUACCAAAAUGGUGCUAUAGAAGUCAAGGUCCAUGCCACAGGGUACAUUAGCUCAUCAUUCUACAGGGAUGGAGGUUCUGCAUAUGGAAACAGAGUGGCGGAACACACGCUUGGAACCUUACACAACCAUCUAAUAAACUACAAAGUUGACCUGGAUGUUGGAGGAAUCAAGAACUCCUUAGUGGCUGUCGACAUGGUAUUUGAAUCGUUCCCGGCCCCUUGGAACUCGGAGCACCAGAUUGAUCAGCCAAAGCUCACAAAGCAAAUCGUGGACAAGGAAGAAAAAGCUGCCUUCCCACUCAACGGCAGAGUCCCUCGUUAUCUGUACUUUGCCACCAACCGGGAGAACCAUUGGGGUCACAGGCGUGGCUACCGCAUCCAGAUUAACAGCUUCGCAGGGGACCACUUGCCUGAAACGAAUACCAUGGAGAAAUCAGUCAGCUGGGGCAGGUACAAGCUGGCCGUCACCAAACGUAAAGAGGAGGAGAUGCACAGCACCUGUAUUUAUAAUCAGAAUGACCCUUGGAGUCCACUGGUGACCUUUGCUGACUUCAUAGACAAUGAAACCAUCGUCAGUGAGGAUCUGGUGGCUUGGAUCUCAACUGGUUUUUUGCAUGUCCCACAUGCUGAAGACAUCCCUACCACUGUGACCAUAGGCAAUGAAGUGGGCUUCCUACUUAGGCCUUACAACUACUUUGAUGGGGAUCCCUCAUCCAGCUCCCCUAAUGGUGUCUACUUAACACCUACACAUGAUGCCAGUAAAUGUGAAAACAACCACAUGGCCUGUCUGCAAAAGGCAGCCUCAUGUUCCCCCAGCCUACCUACUUUCACUUACAGCGGCUUCGAGAACUUGACAGGUCCUUAACUAGAAGGAAUAUUCUGCACUUGGUCCCAAUCCUUGGCUUUUCAAGAUAUGCCCCAGCUUUAGCUGAAUGACAACUAUUCUGCAGUACAUGCCCUUUCUGUCUGUGCCCUUACCUGUGGCUGCCUCAUCAAUGCAAUCUUGUUUAUACCUGGGGAGAUUUUUCUGGCUUUAAUGGGACACUUCAUCCAACUGUUCUUUGUAUAUUGUGUGUACAAUAAAGUCACUGUGUGUUGCCUCUGUUAGCAAGUUAUAGGCUGAUUUGCUAAAUGGUGCAGUAUGUACAGUGGUUACUCCCUGUUUGAAAAGUAUUUGUAAUGGGGAUGACGGUGUGAUUACACUAUAAAAUGAAUUGGGAGGUGGAAAAUGAAUUGGGAGGUGGAUCAGGUUUUGGAAGUUUGAAGUUACAUGAUAGUCUUGUGGGUUUUUGCAUCAGUAUAUGCGUCCUCUUGGGAAAACUUUUAAUCUGUUUUUAAGCUGUGUUGUACAUUGGCAGAGGGGGCUGCACAGAUUUUUAGAAAUGUUGCAUUUGAGGUUUUGUCUUGCACCUGCCCACCAUCAUGCUAGCUACCUCUCACAGCCACUAGUCGCUGCUGUUGUGGUGUUAUUUUUAAUUUUUAAUUUUUUAAUUUUGUUUCUUGUGGUCUAGCAUAGCACUAGUCUAGUACGGCAGAUAGAAAAAUUUAAAAUAGAUCAGACUGCAAGCUUUCCCUUCAGCCACAUAUAUACAUACAUACAUACAUACAUACAUACAUACAU